GUGUAUAAAACCGAGAAAUAGCAAGAAUAUAAAAACACGUCAUUGUAGUGAAUAAGAUCAAGGCAGCCACACGGAGCCACGCGGACAGUGGACACCACCACCAUCACCAUAACCCGGCCAAACAUCCCACAUUUUCUUUAAUAUCUCUGCUAUUCUUGGUCCACGCAGGAUGUACCGGUGUCCCAAGCUGGUGGAUGUCCCGGUGGUGGUGGAGCUGCCCUCUGUCAUGUACAAAAUGGCACCUUUUAGCUUAAAAAGCCACGAUUCGAGUCCCGCCCAGCUGGUGCAAACUUCCAAGGGGUGUCCGGCGGCCUCAGCACUGGAGGCGAGACAAGAGGCUGUGCUAAAACGACUACAAAAUUUGAAAGACCAGCUGGACCAUUUGCAAUCCACUCGAACGACUACUGCUACUGCUGCUGCUACUACUGCUGCUGCUGCUGCUGCUACUGCUGGUGGUCUUGGGGCUGCUGCAUGCUCCUCGCCACUUAAGACACCAUCCAGCCCCAUACAAGACUUGGUGAUUGCCGCCAGCCCCGCCAGCCCCCCUCUGUCCCUGCUGGUGCUGCGGAGACUGCUGGGCCAAUCAGGACUGCCCGUUCACUGCUCCAGCCGCCUCCACUCCUCCGUACCGCAGGUGCGUCCAGAGCUACAGGCGGCCUUCACAGAGAGUCCCCUGGAGGAGCGGAGCAAACACAGUGUGGCGUUUUCUCUCCAGUGGAGCGACGUGCCCUCCCCUUCCCUCAUGAUCAACCCCCUGCGGCAAACCAGAAUCGCGGGGGAAGCCAAUAUUCUCCGCUACGUCACCCGGUUGCUGCCAUCGACCUCCCCUUACAAUUUUGAAGCCACAGGGACAUUUACUAGCAUUGCCGAGACUGACUCCUUGCUGGACACUCUGGAGGGCAGCCUGGUGUGGGGGGGUGCCAAGGAGAGGGCCGCAGUCAUGAGGGAGAUCGGAAAAAGGUUAAGCCGUUCAGCGUUCCUGUGUGGGGGUCAGUGUGGUGUGGUGGACCUGCUGGCGUGGUCACUGGUGCGGCAGAGAGGGGGUGCGGUGGACCAGGCUAUCGGUAAUUGGCUGGCACGGGUCGACGCCUUGGCUGGCAUAGAUCUCACCAAAAUAACAACUACAACAACAACAGCAACUAAACAGCAGCAGAAAAGCAAGCCACAACCACCAGCACAAACAACAACAACAACAACAAAGGAAGGAGGAGAGAAGAAAAUCAGUCCACAGAAUGAGAAGACUUAUUUAGGAAGGAAGGACCUCGAGAAGUACUUGAAGGAGCUUGGUGUGGCUUUCCAGAUCAAGGAGCACCAGGCAGUGAUGACGGUGGAGGCGUUGAUGGGUGAAGUGGAAGGAUUGCCGGGAAUCAUCACCAAGAAUCUUUUCCUCAGAGACAAGAAGAAAACGCUUUAUAUUCUGUCCACCAGGCAUGAUACUGAGAUCGACCUCAAGACACUCGCCAAGAAAAUUAAUGCGAAGGACUUGCGUUUCGCUGACGGCACCACACUCUACGACACAUUGGGGGUGCGUCAGGGCUGUGUGACCCCCCUGGCCCUUAUCAACGACCCUGGGCACACUGUGAAGGUCCUGCUGGAAACGCCCCUGAUGGAACUGGCAACAGGGCAUAUCUAUUUUCACCCCCUGAGUAAUGAUGCUUCCCUGGGGCUUAAGCCGGCCGGUCUCCAGAGGUUCCUUGAAGCCACGGGACAUGCUCCGCCCACACUGGUCCAGCUGUGAGCUUGAAAUAAAUUGAAACUUGUCUCGCUCUCUCAUUUCCUUUCCCUUUGCAUGUUGGAGGGGGUGAAAGUGCACACACACACACACACACUCACACACACUCACUAUCUAUUUGUCUAUCUAUUGUUCUGUUUCCUUAGUGGUUGUAAUGCAUGUUUGAAAAUUAUUAUUAUUAUUAUUAUUAUUUAUUUAUUUAUUUUAGUGGAGCCGAAAUGUUGGUUCCUUUUUGAGUCAGUUUUGAAUUGAGAGAAAAAUUUGUGUGUUUAUUAAUUUAUUUUAUUUAUUUAUAUUUUCUGACAGAGAGAGAGAGAGAGAGAGAGAGUAAUUACGAAGGAAAAUAAGAAAAACACAAACCGGGCCAUUUUAUUUCAUUUUUAUUGUAUUUUUCUCCAUUCUACGGUAAACAAUAUAGAAAAAACUCGAAAAAAAGAAAUAAAACGCGCUAAACUAACAAUAAAUACAAAAGCUUAGUGUAUAAACAGCUCUCUCACUCUCUCUCUCUCUCACUCUCACUCUCUCACUCUCAGGCCAAACAAGCGACUAUAUAAAGUAAACAAAUUAAGUUCUGUUUGUUACGGUUGUUUGUUUUGAGAAGACGUCGAAAAUUUGUGUGUUUUAGUGACGAUGGGGACGUAUUUGAGUGUUUUUAUCAAUUGUGUGGUAGAAUAGGUUGAAAAUUAAGAGUCUGGGUGAAGAAUAGGUAGAAAUAUAUUAAAAUGUGUGUGUUUUUGAGGACGUAAAGGUGGAAAUUUGAGUAUUUUGUGGAGAAUAGGUUGAAAAUUGAGUCUGGUUGAAGAAUAGGUAAAAAUAUAUAGAAAUUUGUGUGUUUUUGGGGAUGUAAAGGUGGAAAUUUGAGUAUUUUGUGGAGAAUAGGUUGAAAAUUGAGUGUUCGGGGAAAUAUACAUAGAAAUAUUUGUGGGGACGAGAAGGUUGAGAUUUGAGUAUUUUGGAAGAAUAAGUGAAAAUUGUUUUUUUUUUUUUUACAAAUGAGAAAAAUGAGUGUUUUGAAGUAACAUGCUAAAAUCUUGAUGCUUUAUCUUCGGAGAGACGUCAGAAUAUUAAAAUACCUUUUUUCAGAAAUACGUAAAAAUUGAAAAAAAAAAAAAAAAUCAUUAAUAGCUACAAAAAUUCUUAAUACUUACAAAAAGAAAACCGUAAAAUCAAACAUUUAUGAAAGCGUCGUAGAAAAUGUUUAGCAAAUACAAGUUAAUUGAAAAAGCUGUUCCAUGCGUUUGGUAAUCAAGAAAAGUGCUUUAUAAAACAGUUAAUAUCCCACAUUGACUCAAAAUAAAGCUACAAAUUGGAAUAAAUAAAUAAUGAAGCAUCUGAUUAGCAAAUACAAGUUAAUGAAGAAGUCUUGUAAAAUAUUAAGAAUAAAACGCCUUAUAAAACACUAUCAAUAUCCCACAGACACCACAAAUAAAACAAAAAAACACAUUAGAAUUGUUAUAUGCGAUCAGCUGCACCAUGCGUUUCGUAAAUAUGAAAUAGAAAAAACAGCGCUUUAUAAAACACUAUUAAUAUCCCACAUUGAGCAUACAUACAGCCACAAAUUAAACUGGAAAAAGCAUCAGAAUUGUUACAUCUGGUUAAUGGUGAGCCGUGCCGAGUGUUUGGUAAAUACUGAAAUGAAAGCUUUAUAAAUCACUUAAUAUUCCAGACACCAUUAUAUUCUCAACUUAUGAGUAAAAAAACUGAAUUAUUACAACUGAAUGACAAAUAUAAGUUAAUGAUGAGCUGUGGUGUGUGUUUGGUAUAAGAAAAUAAAUAAAUAAAAACUUGACAGAACUUAUAAUAUCCCACUGCAUAUAAAUAGUCUCAACGUCAAUAUUUUUUGUUAGAAUUGUUACGUCGGGUUAGGAAAAUACACAGGAACCCUUUCACUGCGUUCGGUCCAUGUUUCUGUGAGUGUGUCGAAAAAUUGCAUAAUCUAUUAGUUUUUUUCCAGUUUCCUUUCUUGUAGACGCUUGUAAAGACUUCACACACUACUGGUGGUGACUGUCUUGUAUGUGUUUCAUUGAUUACUUGUCGAGAAAUUGCUAACUCUUCUCCGUUUUUUCCAAUUUCCUUUCUUGUACACACUCCGAAAGACUCCAAGCAUUACUGGUGGUGGUGGUGGUGACUGUUUUGUAUGUGUUUGGUGUGUUUCCUUGAUUACUUGUCGAGAAAUUGCAUAAUCUAUUAGUUUUUUCCCGUUUCCUUGUUUGUAGAUGCUUGUAAAGACUUCACACAAUACGGCAGUGAAAGAGUUAAAUGGAGAAACCGUAGUGUGCGUUUCACAAUUACAAAUAAAAACGCUUUAGAAAACACUAUUAUCCCACAUCUGAGUAUAGAUAAAAGUUACAAAGGAAAUAAGGAAAGCUAUUACGUCUACGCACCUCAGUAUUUGUCAGGUCAGAGGCAGGACAUGUACAAAGUUGUCAUUUGCUUACAUUUAUUAAGUGUUAUUGUUAUUUGUAGACACUCAAAUUGCAAGGCUGUCACAGAUUGGAGGUGGUGGUGGUGGUAGUAGUAGUAGUGUAAAAUUGGGAAGGUAGGGAAAGAAUGGAAGGAAAAGAGAGAGAGAGAGAGA